AUGGCGACGUCUGCAGACGACAGCGGGAGGAAAGUCGUGCGACACGAGGCACACAGUGCGGAGAUGUUGGGCGGUUUCCACAAGAUGCGACAGAGCAAGACGCUGUGUGACGUCACGCUGUGGGCUGAGGUCAGUGAGAAGCCGUUCGCCGUACACAAGACUGUGUUGGCCUCUACUAGCGAGUACUUCUCCGUCAUGUUCACAUGCGGGAUGAGGGAGAUAGAUCAAGAUGACAUCUACCUACACGGAAUCACUCUGGCCGGGUUGUCCACCGUUUUAGAUUUUGUCUACACAUCCGAACUCCCCGUCUCCAUGGAAACCAUCCAAGAUGUCGUCUGCGCCGCAUCCCAUCUUCAAAUCUCGUCAGCUCUCGCGCUGUGCGAGACUUUUCUGAGAGACGAGAUCUCAUUGGACAACUGUUUAUACGUCAUGAACCUGUGUAACACCUUCGGACUGAAGCAGCUGGCAAAGGAGGCGACGGACUUUGUGGCAAAAAUGUUUCAAGAUUUGGUGCAGAAGAAGAGUGACCAAAUCUUGGACCUUACGUGGGAGGAAUUUCUGCCGAUCCUGCAAAACAACAAAUUGAACGCCAGUGAGCUGCAGAUAUUCCAGACGGUAGUGCAGUGGGUUGAGUACGAGCGUGAAGUCCGUGUGUACGAGGCGAAGUUUCUACUGGAGGCCGUCCGUUUCCCGCUGAUGACGUGGGAAGAGCUACAUAACGAGGUGCUCACUACGCCCUUCGUACUGAGGGACAAGGAGGCACAUAAUAGAGUCGCUACAGGUUUCAGUUACCACAGCACGCCGCUGAUGCACCACCUGUGUCAGAGUCCGGACUCGCAGGUCCGGGCGGACACCGAGUCGCUGGUCAUCAUGGGCGGCUGGAUGGACGAGGGAAGGACCGCAGAGGUGCUGUUCCUCAACGACACGCUAGAGGUCCCUGACUGGGCUCGCCUCGCCAACAUGCCAGUUGCUAGGGCGUGGCACACCGUGGUGAUGAUGGACAACUUUGUGUACGUGCUGGGCGGGUUCGCUAAAGGCGUGCUGUGCGCCUCCGGGCUCCGCUACGAUCCCAGGUUCAACAGCUGGAUGAAAAUAGCAGACAUGUGGGAGAAAAGGUUCUUUCCAGGCGUGACUUGGGAAGGUAAGAUCCUGGCUCUGGCAGGCAGCGGACUGGGGAAAGACACCGCUGAGGUGGAGACUUACACACCCGACGAGGACAGGUGGAAUCCCGGCACACCUCUCCCCAGGGCGACACACGGACACGCCGCAGUCGUCUUCCACAAUAAGAUUUACAUCUCAGGUGGCCGGAGCAGUGAAACACCAAACCUGGCCGCUCUAACGGACCUGUACACGUACGAUCCUGAUAGCAACACCGUCGUUCACAAGCGUCACAUGAAGCACCGCAGGAAGGGUCAUGCCAUGUGCGCCCUACAGGGGAGACUCUACGUCCUGGGAGGGGGAGAAAUAGCACCGGCGGAAUGCUACGACCCCUAUCAGGACCUGUGGUGGACUAUUCCAGGGCUAGAGGGUCUGGGAAGGGUUAGCGCAGCGGUCAUGAAAGAUUUUAUAUAUUUUUUGCCAGAAGAGUCGGUGCAAGUGGAAUAUUUUGACAUAGACACCGGCGAAAGAACGAGAACCAAGCCCAUGCCCAUCAAGCGAUUCGGAGCGGUGUGCCCUGUGUUCUUGUCCGAACAUUUUAAGCUCAAAACGCAACACUACUACGUGUUCUUAUGAUUUAUGUUGUACUUUAGUAUAUGACAAACAUAAUUCUCCUGAAAUCUUCACAAGUAUUUUGUUUUCUUCUUCACUUUCAACUAUAGUUUAUUAGUACGUAAACAUGAUGUCUAUAUAUUGUUUGAUGCUCCUUGCAUGAAUGUAAUGUAGAUGUAGGAUUUCAAAUUUGUACAGUGUUCAAUGUUUG